AUGAAAUCUAUCUCAUCCAUCACCGGGCCUUUCGACAAUAUCGUGAUUCCGAAAUGUGCUGCUGCCAAGCCCGAAGUGGAUUACGAGGGCGAACUGGUCGUGGUGAUCGGCAAGGACUGCAAGAAUGUAUCGAAAGAAGAGGCAUUGAGCUACGUGCAUGGUUAUUGCAUCGGCAAUGAUGUUUCUGCGCGUCGCUGGCAAGGCAACAAAAAGAGCGGCGGUCAGUGGACGCGUGCGAAAUCCUUCGACACGUUCAGCCCGAUCGGCCCGCAGAUCGUCCUGGGAAGCGAGAUGAAUGCGGUGAUCAAUCGCGCGCACAUUUCAACGCGGCUGAACAACUCGGUAAUGCAGAACUCGAGCACGGCCGACAUGAUCUGGAAUGUCGCGGAGCUGGUGUCGUUCUUAUCGUCGGGAACGACGUUGAAGAAGGGAACGAUUGUGUUUACGGGUACGCCGGAGGGAGUGGGAUUCGUUCGGUCGCCGUAUGUGUAUUUGAAAGAGGGCGAUGUGGUGCGUGUGGCGAUCGAAGGAUUGGGGUAUAUAGAAAACAAAGUGGUGUUGGAAUAA